AGCACAACCAAUGAUUCAUAUCCAGUAUCAUCUCAUCGAUAUCGAGGAUGGUAUGAUUUUUGGUCGACAAGGCUCGAACUAUACAGUAACUUUCGUCCACCACUGGCACUGCCAGUUGCCAUAUUGCCAUAAUCUCCUUGUAAACGAAACAGGUUUAUUGUAUACAAUCGCUUGCAUAUAAGCCUUUGUACACAACCUAAAGCAAUCAGCGCUACCACUGGCAGCUCCCGUCAUUUUUAGUAGUCCUCACCAAUGGAUCCUCCGACCAUCACGAUACCGAUAGCCACGCCCGUAGAUCCUACGAGCAAAUCUUCGAACUCACCCACUACUAUAGCCAAGUUGCUGAAGGGCCGGACAAAUUACGAAAAGGGCUCGCACUAUCUACAAUUAUCUCUGGCAACCUUGAACGAGCUCGCCAGCUUGUCAGCACACGAGCGCCUUUCAGCAAGUCAAAAAGCUUCCUGCGCUGAAGCUUACAGGAGUGGUAGGAUCCUAUCUGAAGAGACGAUAAAAAUCAGAAACCAACUGUUGACGCAAAAGAAAUCUUUUCGCAAAUUUCUUGUCAACCUUUUCGUCCGCGAGUCAAAGACCAAGCACUUUUAUAAAAUCUCAUAUCGGAAUUAUUCGUCUAUCAGAAGAACUUCAGAUGACCUGAAUAGACUAUUGUUGUCAGAAAUUGAUACUAUCUUAAGGAACCUCGGGGAGUCCGCGCAAUGCAACGAGUCUGUUACUGAGGAGGGUCCAGGUCGGUGUGAAGGUUCUUACUCUGCCCCCAUAUCUCACAUACAGCGGAUUAGCCGAAGAUCUGUCUCCGAACGAAAACAUGCAAGACAUAAAUGUGAAUGUAAACACCGAACAAGAAGCACAAGAGGCCUUUGCGAUGCUCGAUCGACUUGGAAUUACGUUCUCCAGAGAGGAUGAUGAUGAUGAUGGUGAUGAUGAUGAUGACGACGACGAUGAUGGUGAAACAAUCAGACCCUCAACCUCACAAAGUAUACCGCCGUCUCCUAGC